GGCCGGGUUUGGGCCGGGUCUGCUGUUGCGGGUCGACGAGCGAAUACAGCGUUGUCAUUUUUUAUAUAUGAGAGAUCUGUAUUUCCUUAUGUAAAAGUCUGUAAUUGGCAUGUAUAUUUGUUGCACCUUUAUAGAUUUUUACUAACUUUAAAUGCAAACUAAUAAUUUUGGAGCAUUAUUAACCUUAGUUUAAUAACAAUUCAACUGGAAUUAAAAAAAUUACAAUAUAUUAAUGACACUUACUAUUAUUUCAAAAUAAUAAAUUUCAAAAGUCUGUACUAAACAUUUGGUUCAAUAUAUCUGGCAUCCUUGUGUGCGAGAAACGUCAAGUCGCAAGUUGUUUUGUUUCGGUUUUUUUGUGCUGCAAUCCUUCCUCCUGAGGAGGCAUUUCAACGAUUUGAACCAAUUUGAACGGUAUUUUCGCGAUUCUCAAGCCAAAUCCGGUGGCUGACCAUCAGUAGUGCUAAGCGCUGGUGAACAGUCCCCGCGUUGGAGUUCCAGAACGGGUGAAAAAGUUAUGUUAAGGCGGCGGCGGCGGCUCGCCAGGAAGAAACUUUUUUUGUGUGGACCGGGAGCUGGACAAGUAAAACGAGUGCGUUUGCGAGCAGGACCGGGCUCAGAAAAGCUGGAGAUCGCUAAAUGGCCGGCAAUUACAAGAUUUGUCUGUUGAACAUUGCGUUGGCCAGAAAGCACAACUACAAGGCCAGGUCGGAACCUAAGUUGGCCGAUGGACGAACUUCCAGUGCUGAUGGAGAAGCUUCGCAAAGCGAAGAACCUACGCCAGCUGCAUCUGGACUUGAACAAGCCGGGGAAAGAGGUGAUCUCAGGUGGUCCUUCGAUGACUCCAGACUCGCUGCUCCAGAACCAGUGCGAGUCCUGGAUGGUGGUCCAGUUAACGCAGAUUCAAUUGGAUAUUGUGGAAAUUGGGUCGUCGGAUGUGGUGCUGACUAGGGAGGAGGUGUGCCAAAUCUCGACGUCCCUGUCCGUUACGGUUAGACCAACAAUAGGAGGAUGCCCUCGCUCAACCGGAUCGACUUUGGCCGGUUGGCCAACACGCGGCUUAAGCACGUCAGCCUGAACGACAUCCACGAUUGGGUCCGGCUGUAGGACUACUAGGGCAGAUGCGGCACCUUGCAACGGUUAGACAUGCACGCCUGCUGGCUGGACAGUUGGGCUGAAGUCUUUGGAGCGGUUUAGCAGGCACCGGCGUUGCUGUUUUUUGUAGCUGAGCUGCAUCCGGGUUGAGUGUGGAUGCGAUUGUCUGGCGGAGCGGGUCGGGAAUCUGCGAUAUUUUACGCUGAGGGCGUGCGACGUUACCAAGAGUAUGUGGCAGCACCUGAUUGUGGUGUGUCCAGCGUUGAGGCAGGUCCAGCUGUCCUGUUGGCGCUCUGUCUUGGACUAUCCCGACUGUCGCUGCUGGUCGUGUUCCGGUGUCCCGUUACGGACAAUUCCGGGGGCAGCUUGGUCAGGUUUGGUGGGAACUGCAAUCAGUUGACCGCGGUGCGAUCGCCAAGCUGGGUAAGCUUUUCCAGGUGCUGUACGGGGCGUAAGUCAAAUUAAAACGACUGUUGAAACCAAAAAAGGUAUUAUAACUAUGAAUGAGAGUUCAAACUUCAAAAACAAAAAAGUUUCCCGUAAAACAGAUGAAACUGUUUGCUAACGAACGAAACACCUUAAUUCUCCAUACAAACUUUGGAGAAAACCCAUUUUG